AUGCUGAAGAAGGAUCUUCGACGCUACGAGGCGCUGGAGCGACAGCUCCAGCACGUCCAGGAUCGGUCCAAGCUCAGCGAGCUGGAAAUGCUAAUGCAGGGCAUCGAGACUGAGAAGGACGCUUUGCAGAACAAUCUCGAGGUAUCCCAGGCCAGGGCUGUCAGCUUGGAGAACCAGGUGAUGCAAGAGGAUCUGCAGAAUCGCCGCCUCCGGAGCGAGAUGCAUUCCUCGGAGAAGCAAGCUGAGAAGUUGCACGGACACCUGCAGCGAUUGGACCUGGAGUUGUCUCAAGCUGGCUCUGACCGGAAUGCGUUAGAAGCCUGUCGCACAGAGCUCCAGGCCAAGCGUCUGGAGCUCGAGAUGAUGCAGGCUCAGCUCCGCAACGCAGACGCCGCCCGCGACCACGCGGCUGAAAUGUCCAGCGCGUCCGAAGCUGACCUGAACGCGCAGAAGGCACUGGUGGAGCGUUUGGAAGUGCGGCUGGCGGGAAUGCAAGACGCUUGGGAGGACCACGCGCAGAGGCUGGCCACUUCCAACGCCAAGGCCCGGCGGCUGGAGGAUGUGCUGGACACGCAGGCGCGGGACCUCCAACAACAGGUCUCGAGACACCAGGUGGAGGAGGAGCUUUGCCGAAAGCUCACGACGGCGUGUGCUGAGCUGGAGGAUGAGGCCUUCCAGCAUCGCCAGCAGGCAGAUGCCUUGAAGAGCGAGACGGCCGCGCAGAAGGCGAAGGAAGUCACUAUGGAGGCAGUGGCCGAUCGCCGGGAGGCCGACCUCGCUCAUCUGACACGCCUGUUGGAGGAGGUCCGGGGUGAGUGCAGAGACCACCGAGCCAGCUGCCUCCGCCACCAGGCGACCAUCUGCGAGCUCCAGCAUUUUCAGCAGGAAGUGGCUGACAUUCGGGCGGAGACCGGCGCACAGAUCGAGAGCCUGGAAAACGAGGGCCGACAGUUGGCCCUGGAAUGCGCCGAGCUUCGAGCGGCCUUGCGGGAUGCCGAGGAUGUGCAGGGGCGCGAGCGCCAGGCACUGUUGGCCGAGCACGCGGAGCUCGAACGGGCCAGCGCUCUCCAUCAGAGCGCCGUCUCCCAGAGCACGAAGCAGCGCGACGUGCUUUCCAAGCAGCUGCUAGAACUGCAAGAGGAGGCGCAGGAGCAGCAGUACCAGCUUGCAGGGAUGGCGCGACAAGAGGCGACCCAGCAGCACAGGUUUGGCCUGAUCCAGCAGGAGCUGACUGCGGAGUUGGGCCAAGCAGCGCAGCGUGGCGACCGAGCGGAGGCCGCUUUGGCAGAUGCCCUGGCGAAGGGCGCUGCCAUGCUGAAGCAAAAUCAGGGCCUUCUUCGUGACCAUGAAGAGAAGGAUGCAGCUUCUUCAGAGCGCUCCACGAAGCUCCUGAGCAUGUUGGGCGAGGUGCAAGAUGCCCUGGCGCAGUCCCAGGCCGUGGCAAACCAACAUCAGGGGGAUGCCGAAUCGUGGAAGAUAGCCCACGAGAAGCUGCAGGAGGAGCUCACAACCGUGAAGACUCGAUGUCGGUCCGCUGAGUUGCAGCUGCAAGACAGCCAGGGUGAGCUGCAAGUCUGCCAAUCGGGUAAGGAGCGUGCGGAGCAAAGUAUACGAAGGCUUCAAGAGCAAGUUGGCAAGGUGUCCGAGGAGCUCGGCUCUCUUCAGCAGGCACACGACCGGAAGGAGUCGGGUUUGACAAAUUCUGAAAUGCGCUUGUCAGAGCUGCAGAUGAAAGCUGACCGACUUGCACGUGAGCGGACGGAGCUAGAAGCUGAGCUGGAGAAGGCCCGCAAAGAGACGCAACAAAGCGUUGCGGAAGCACAAAGCCUCCUCCAGCAAAAGAGGUCCGAGGUCGCAGAGCUGCGCGCAACCCGAAAUGAGAGCCGCGCGCAGCAGGAGCAACUUGUCGUUCUGCACAAAGACCUCGAGGAUUCUCAACGCGUCCACGAGAAGCUGCAAGAGGAGCUCGCAAACGUGAAGACUCGAUGUCGAUCUGCUGAAAUGCAAUUGCAAGAAAGCCAAGGCCAGUUGCAAGUCUGCCAAUCCGGCAAGGAGCGUGCGGAGCAAAGUAUACGCAGGCUUCAAGAGCAAGUUGGCAGGGUGUCAGACGAGCUCGGCUCGCUUCAGCAGGCACAUGACCGGAAGGAGUCGGGUCUGACAAGCUCCGAAAUGCGCCUGUCAGAGCUGCAGAUCAGAGCUGACCAAGCUUCACGCGAGCGGACGGAGCUAGAAGCUGAGCUGGAGAAGGCCCGGAAAGAUGCUCAGCAGAGCGUUGCGGAAGCACAAAGCCUGCUCCAGCAGAAGAGGUCCGAGGUCGCAGAGCUGCGCGCAGCCCGAAACGAGAACCGCGCACAGCAGGAGCAACUCCUCGCUGUGCGCAAAGACCUCGAGGAGUCUCGGCAAAGCUGUCGAGGCUUGGAGCAAGGCCUCUCAGAGUCCUCCGCACAGCUUCAGAUGGCCACCGAACAGCGGCGGCACUGGACCCUGAAGCGCGAGUACCAGGAGCGUGCCAUCCUUGGUCUGGAAGAGCAGGUGUGUAGGCUGAACGAGGAGAUGUGCCAGUCAAAAGCUCAGAGGGAGGAGCAGCAGGUCAAACUGCGAUCUGCCGAGCAUCAAGUGAUGGAGAUGGAGCAGACGACUCAAGUCAUGGCCAGAAUACAAGACAAGGCUUUGGGUGCCCAUGCUUCCAAGGAGGAGGCGGCGGCGGCGCGGCUCGUGGAGCUGGAGGCCUCCCUGAGCCAGCUGCGCUCCCAGCUGGCGCUGCGGGAGAGUGAAGCUCAGCACCACGAGCGCCAGGCCGAGAGCACCGCGGCGCGCGUGAAGGUGUUGGAGGCCAAGGACGCCGCGUGCGGCAAGCGCACGGCCGUGGCCGAGGCACGCGCCGCCGAGCUGGAGUCCAAGCUGCGGCAGCUGCACGCCACGUCUGCGCACGUGCAGGAGCAGCUGGGCCGAUGCCGGGCAGAGCAGCUGCAGCUGGCCUCGGAGAAGUCCCACCUGGAGGAUCAGUGUCUGGCCUGCCAGAGGCGGCUGGCCGAUGCCGAGGCGCAGGUGCGCGAGGCUCAGGCAGAGCGCGAGCACUGGAAGGCCCAGCAGAAGGUUCAAGAGGACCGGGCCUGCCAGUGGGAAGCCAAGGUGGGAGAACUCCUGAGAGAUCUGCACAAAAUCCAGAGCGAAGGCCUUCCCCAGCUGCCCUCCCAUGCCGGAGUCCAGGAAAGGCCAGAGGUCGGCCCGUUGCUUCGGCAGUUCCAGACGUCGGCGGCACGCGAGAACGCGGUCCAGUCCUGUUUACUCGCCGCGCAUGGCAAGCUGGAGGAAAGCUACAUGGAGGCCCAGCGAAGGCUGGUCGCAGCAGAGGAACGUCUCCAGGAGCUGCGGGAGGAGUGUGCCUACGGCCCACCGAUCCAGAUGCCCGAGCGGGUGAUCCCACCUGUUCCGGAGGAGCCUCGCGUAGAGCCGGUGGUCGGAAACGGAUGGGAUGCGCAGGUGCACGAGGAUCUCCGAGCGCAAGCUGCCGAGCUCAGGGAGCUCUCGCAGCAGAAUGAUGCACUGCUUGCCGAGAACCAGGGCUACAAAGAUGCUCGGUCAACCAAGUUGCCUUUGAAGCGAAGCUUCUUGGACUCAACCUUGACUUUCGCGACCAUGAAGCUGGAGGCAUCCGUCCAGCGCAUGCGAGGCGAUGUGGAGCAGUUGAGUGCUGAACUUCAAGAGGCCGAGGGCCGCUUGAUCCACGCGGAGGGCGCGGCGCGCCGUGCGGAGGCCGUCCGCCUGGGCGAUGCCGGCAGGAAGCGGCUCAUGUCCGUUCGGCAAAAGCACGUGCGGCUGCAGGACGCCUACCGGGAGCAGGGCAGGACCCGGCCGAAGGGUGUCGAAGAGGAUAGCAUCGCCGCUAUCCAGAUGGCCACCGAUGAGCUGAAGGAGGAGUUGAGUCAGCUUCGCGAAGAGGCCGCUCAUGAGCGUGCCAACAGAGACCAUCCCUCAGUUGGCGACUCCUUCCCAGUCUCACCGCUGGCCGUCAAGCGCCUGCACUCUGAGGAACUCCAAGGCGCCGCGGGGGGGGCCAGAGAGAGCGAAGGACAAGCAUCUCGUCGACAAACGAUGCUAGCAACGUUCUGA